UAUAUGGCUUUUGCGUGGAAAACAGUCAACGCUCCCUAUCUUGCAGCUACUCGAAAAAGAGAAGAAUCUCCUGAUAAAAAGUCAAAGGAAAUGAAAGACGAUGAAACUAAGAAAUCAGGAGGUGAGCUUCCAAAUCCACCACCUGAACCAGUGAAUACAGAAGCUGCUACAACACCUGGGUCUGCGGGGGAAGAACCUCCACCAUUCGAGGUGGAUGACGAGUUCAACCUUCCCAUUUCCUUGGCUUUAAUUUUGUUAUUUCUUUACAUAAUGAUUGGAGCUCUGAUAUUCACCUUGUGGGAGAGCCACUGGACAUUUUUUGAGGCAUUCUAUUUUGUCUUCAUUUCUAUGAGUACCAUUGGGUUUGGAGACUACGUGCCUGAUCAUCCCAUUUACAUGAUGGCCACGUUUAUCUAUCUUCUUUUUGGGCUUGCAUUAACGUCUAUGUGUAUCAAUGUCGUUCAAGAAAAACUAUCAGCCACGUUUGAAAAAGCUAAAGUUCGUAUUGGGACCACCAUAGGAUUGGAUGUUGAUAGUCUCAUGCAAGAUAGCCUCGCACCGGAAGUGGCCAAAACGGAAAUAGCUGAAGUUCAUAAAAGGCGUGCUUCUAGUGAAGAUAUACUGGAUGAUGAAAAAGACAAGGAAAAUAAGCGAAAAAACAAAAAAGACCUCAAACUUAAAAUUGAAAAGGAAGAAGGUCCCAAGGAAAAUUCUAACAUCGAAUCAUAAGCAGUAUAAAAAGGUCGUUAUUUUGUUUUUCUUAAGAGGGAUUAUUUACAAGGGAAAUAUUUGGAUCCUGUCGCUCUACUUCGUAUAAAAUGUUAAAAUUAUCAUAUACAACACGUAAGCAACGAAUAAAUUCGAGACGCAUAAACAGCAACAAUCCUGUAAUACCUUAACACCGAAUAACAGUUAUAAUCCUGUAAUAUCUUAACAUUGAAUAAGCGUUGCUGAUUGAUGCCAAUGUACAUAUAUCAUUGAUUAAAAUAUUACAUAAAAAUAUAUUCCUUAUACACAUAUUACUUCAGUUUGUAAAAACCUCAAAUCAGAUUGCUUUCUAAUUACGAACGUUUUAAAUAUAGUGAAUUAGUAAAAUUGAAAUAAUAAUAGGAAAUUCUAAGAACUUGUGUGUGAAAGUUGAUGAGAAUACGCCAACUACGCUACUUCUGCACCCAAUGUCGACGUAGCCUAUUUUAUAGUAUCAGCACUCAUAAGGCCGGCUAAGAUAUUAUCAAUUUUAUUUAAGUCAUUUACAAAUCAGAAUUACGGUAAGGAUUAAUAACACAAUAUAGUUUAUUUUUUAACACCAAUUAUUAUCAUCUUGCUGUUAUUCGGUGGAUCUGUCGAACCAGCAAGCUAGUCGUCGUCGUCUUUUUAAGUUGGUCAAAAGCAACCAGUGUUAACAGGAAGGUAUUCAUUAGUAGUUCUUGGAAUUUACGAGUGAAGUCAAAAUUGAGUUGUUAUAAACUGUUAUAAUAAAAUAACCUUUAAGUUUCUGAAUAAUUUCAUGUUUUUAUUUUCGUCGUUAGAGCAAGAAAGGUUAUUAAUUCUACUACUUGGUGUGUAAUUGUAAAAUAUAAAAAGGUACAUGUUAAACUAUUUACCAAUCUUAACAAAUCAGCUACCAGAAAACGUAAAAUGAUUGACUUCAAUUAAUUUUCAUGUUAUGAUGAUAAACCGGUUGUGUGAAUACUGUACUUCUCAGAAACCGUGUGAAAAAAUAUUUUCACAAUAAAUUCACAGAAUUAACUAAAUAGAAGCAUAUGUACAUAACGUUUUGUUCAUUAUUUGCUAAAAAUUAAAGAAACUAUUCAAAGCGAGUAAAUUGGUCUUAUUACAAGCUGUAGUGUUGUUUUUAUUGAAGCUUCUGCUGAGGAAGUAAAUGAAAUAGAACUAUUCAUUUUACAAUUAAUGAUUAUGAUGAGUGGCAUAUGGAUGACUACUGCCGAUUUUGUAACCCCAACCGAUAAAAGCCUUCUUGCUUGUGGAUGCCUGUUACGAUUAUUUUUUCACUAAUAUUACAAUGUCAGUUCUAAAACAUGUACUAUUAUUAGUUUAUAUUUACACGUUUCUACCUUCAGGUUAAAGGUUUAUGUCACAACAUAUUAUCCACCGGUUUAAUAACAUUACGUUAUUUUAAAAGGCACAUUUGGGGCUUUACUUUUAUAUGAAAACGUUUUGCGUUUGUCUACAAUGCGUUUUACCCAACAUUAAGUGGUUGUAAACCUUUUUAAACCGUUUCUAAAACUUACAACACAUUUUCUGCAUAACUUGUUGUUUAUAUUCUAUCUUUAGAGAUUGUAGGUCUUGUGGCUUAUUAUGUUCCCUGACUUUGGUUGCUCUAGAUACUAUGGUUUAUAUAGAGGGUUAACAGCAACUUACAUGAACUAUAUGUGAAUGCUAAUGCAGUGGUAUACAGCUAAAGUCAACAUGUUUAGCACCUAUUUGUUUGGUUCAUGGGAAAUUUCCGAUCAUUCGACAAUGCUUGUUACCUCUGUUACACCAAGAAUUUUCGAUAUUACACUUUACAACUGUGUUACAACAUUUGUACAUUUUGUAACAAGAAAAUGCACAGUAAUGUUACAAUUAGAAUAAGAUCUAUCAUUUUAUUGUAUAUCUGGACAUACAAGUGAAUAUAAUUAAAACUUAAACAUAAACACACUUUACUACACAAGAAAAAUUAUUGUAACAAAAAAAUUAACAUAAAAUCUACUAAUAUUCUGUUUAAUUUUUAUUUAUCAUACAAAUGGAAUAUCUUGAAUUUUCUAGGGUUACUAUAAAAAAAGGAUACUACCCAUUAUAAAAUACAAAAUUAUUCCAAUGCAACUUCAAUCUACAUCAUACC